AUGGCUCAAAAGUUCGGGAAAGAUCAAGUAGUGAACAGGGCCAGCGCAAUUCAAGACUGCACCACCGAAACCGCUGGGGUUGGAAGCCUACGUCGCCUUCGGAGUGUGGCCAAUGCCUCCUCUAACAAAGGCACUAUCUUGAGGCAAUUUCGCGGGCCAUUCUUCCCCCUCCCCGCGCCAGCUUUGUCUCCUCGCCAGUGGGAGGCUGAGACCUGGAGGAGCCCCAGCUGCUGUGCUGCGCGAGCAAGCUCCGAGCGAGGGCCGGCGUGGGAAGCUUCACCGAGCCGCCGCUGUGGUUUCCUGCAAACCGAGCGUGCCAUUAGAGGAAUCACUCCCCUCCGCCCCUGCUCCCUUCCUCCUCCUUUCUCUCCUCUCCCUCCCCUCCCCACCCCUCCCCUCGCAGUCUCUCGCUCGAGUGAAUGUGGCGCGGCGGCGCGGGACGCAGCCUCGGCCCCUGCCGCGGCCCCGCAAGCUCGUGAAGAGACCCAGCCGCCGCCUGCCCCCACCCGCUGGGCUUCCCGGGGGAGCCACCGCCGCCUGGGGAGAAGAAGGAGGAGGGGAGCGAAGGGACGGCGGCGGGAAAACGGGAGAGGGAGACGAGGGUUCGAGGGCGACUGGGAAAGGCGGAGAGGGACGGACGGAAGAACGGACGGCCCGACGGACUGCCCGGGGAGGGGGCCGCCAUCGAGCUUGCCCGGCCCCUCGGCUCCGGCCCGGGGCGGCCGCGGCGGCGGCGGCGGCGCGGGCGAAGGGCGCGGCAGGCGCUAUCGAGACAAUAACCCCGCCGCCCGACUCUGGGGGCGGCGGCGAGGAGGAGCUGGCGGCCUAGCGCGGCCGAGGCUCGCCCAGCGCCCCGGCGGCAUCUUGGUCCCCGCCGGCCGGGUUCCGCCGCCGCCGUCGGGUGUGCGGGGCGCGCCGGGCGCCCGGAGCUCGAGGCUCUCCGCGGACUCCCCCUUGCCCUCCCCCUCCCCGGCGCGCGCGGAGCUGGUUUUCCGGGUUCCCCUGGACCGAGCUGGAUCCUGCUUCUGCGCCAAGGCAGGAAGUGAGUUUCGCACGGUAAUUCCGGGCGGUGUCACGAGUGAAAAGUUUUUUUUUCGGCGGAGAUCCUAGUUGGGGCUGGGAAACUCCUGUCUAAGUUGAGACCAGGAAACCAGCCCUCUUCCCAACCCCCUACUCCGAACCACCUACUCGUCCUACUGCGGGAGGCCACUCCACAUCCGCUCUCACUGGAGAGAGAAAUUCGGCUGGAUCCAAAGUGACUAAUGAAGGGAAGGAAAUCAUGUCUGGCGAAGCCUUGAAAAAGCUACCCUGAGACACUGCCCGACCGAAAGGUGGGAGAUGUAUUUCUUCAGUAGCUGGCUCCUUUUCGGACGUUUACAAUCUCAAUGAUACUUGUUUGGUUAAUCGAAAGGAAGGAAGUAUCUGCUUAAUUUUUCUUAGAGAUCACAAGUAGGCAGAGAAGCAGGC